UAUAGCUAGCAAACUAAAGGUCAGAGUUCAAAGGUUCAGUCAGUUGAUCCCUCACAUUUUCCCGUCGCGCAGCUGAAUACUUUCUGGUUGCUCGUCAAGACUUUCGUCCGUUCCUUGCAGUUCAUUAGUAGUCUUGUUCAUGUCCAAGGAACAUCAGGGAGGAGGUUUUGAAACUCAGCCAUAGGUACUGGACUAGAGUAUUUGCAUGUUGAUGUUUUACUUCAGCAGUGCCCUUCCUCGUCGUGUAAAGUUUCAAUUGAAAUAUUUCCAGCAAUUCAGUUAGUCGAGUGGGAGUGGUUCGUAGUGAUUCUUGUGAUCAAUGGAAGCGAGACGGAAGGCGACCAUCCUAGACUAUCUUGAAGAAACUGUGAAGAAAUUUGCUGAUGCAGUUUCUGAGAAAGGGCGAGCGAUGUAUGAGAUUUGGGCGUUGGUGUUCAACGUCCUUCAUCUCCUGCAGAGUAUUGGAGCAGAGAGAGUUAGAUGGUCACCACUUGGUGCGGUAAUCCCAUUUUCCUACACACUAGGAGUCACGAUGAUACUUGUUCUCUGCCAUUGUGGUGAACAUUUGGGUGAUGAAAUGAUGCAAGGUCUUGUCGACUAUAUUCUUCACUUCAAGACAGUUGAUGUCAAUGAAGAAGAUAAGACCAAAGCCAACUGGACUCUCUUACACCACUGUGCAUAUAAAGGCAAUGCACGUUUAGCAAAACUGCUCAUCGAACGCGGCGCUUGCCUCAACACACAGUCCAGCAUGGGACGAUUUACUCCACUGCACUGGGCAGUCUACAUGAACAAGAUCAAUGUUGUCAAGGUGAUACUGUCACAUGACAGUGACAGUGUCACCUUGGAUACUGCACUGCUUGACUGGAAUGGUGACACAGCAUUGGACCUAGCAAAGCUACGUGGUCAUGAUGAAUGUGUGCAGCUUCUCACACAGCAUGCAGCUGACAAGGUAAUCUAUGGCCAGGCAAAGAAGAAAAAGCUAAACACACGUUCAAACUGACACUGUUGCCAUGCUGACUCGGAAAGUUGAAACGUAGCCAGAUGAGGACCCUAAUUUACACAGACACGUCACCUGGUUAUACAUGUGUGAACAAGUCGCCAUUUUCUACCGCGUGUUGUCAAUUUUCCCGUGUGUAGUCAAUUCUACCGCGUGUUGUCAAUUCUAGCGUAUGUGUAUAAUAAUUACACGGUACAUUCUUGGUAAAUUGCUGGACGUAGGCAGUAAACUACCAGCUGAUUGAUUUUUUCUUACAUUACACAUUGUCUGCUGAAUACAUUACAUACAUCUUAUUUGGCAUACUCUUUACAACUAAAUUUCAUGAAUAAUUCUGAUUAUUGCUCUCACCUGGUGUAUAAACUGCAUACAAGUGGCUGAUUGGUGUUCUAUGCCUGUUUACAAUGUGAUUUAAGUUCAUUUACUUCAUUUUCUUCUUCAAGACAUUCUCCGCUUGCUCUGGUUUCCUUUCCAUGUACCUGUAGGUGUGUUGGAUGUGACUAAUAUUGGAAUGAUUUGACUUUAGGUUGACUAGCCGUUGUGUACUUCUAAUUACCCCUUCCUAUGGUACAUUACUGACUUUGUCACUGGCUCUGCUUUUUGUAUUUUAUUAUCUGCACAUACAUGUAAAUGUAUUGGAGCCUGUGAUAAGAUGGACCCCGUGGGAAACAGCAAGGUUAGGUUUUCUAAAACUUG